AUUUUUUAUAUCAAAAGGGAGAAACGGAAGGCAAGAAUGACUCAACCCAUUCAACAAAAACCAACCAAAAAAGAAAAGAAAGAGAAAAAAAAAAAAGAAUCACAAUCAGCUGAAGAACAGUAGGAAGAGUGAAAGGUAAAAACCGAAGGAAGUAGGCGCACGUUAGCGUGAUUCGAGAAAAAACUUGUUUUUUCAGUCAUCAGUGCGUGACUGCGUGCUUUUUUUUUUUUUGCUUAUUAUGCCAGUGCUCCUGCCUGCCUGCCUCUCUGCCUUUGUUGGGGCCCGCUUUCCCAACGCUCAUUUUAUUUUAUUUUCUUAAAGUUUUUUUAUUUCCUAUUCUUCGUCCUCUCAUUUCUCAAAAAACACUCCCCCCAUAAAUAAUAUCAUCCAUUCUCUAUGAACUCUAUUGAUUUCUCAUCUAUCUCUUCUUUCUCUCCUAAAAACCAAAUUAAAUGAUUUAAAACCCAACCCAUUUCGAUUCCAUCAUCAUCGUCAUCUCUUUGAUCGGUUACUCUUAUCCCUUUUUUCAGUUUUUUCUCUUCUUCUUACACCCUCCAUUAAAUUUGUAGCUUAUAUAUUUUUGCAAGUUUUUGUUUUUUUUUUGAAGAUCAUAUCAAGUUAUCUUUGUAAUCCUCUGAUCGCCCUUUCAUCAAUGGUAGUUUUUUAAGGGUGGAAUUCAGGACGUAUUGGGUUCCUUGCCCGACUUGAUUGGCAGGUAGAAAGCUGUUCAAAAUGGGAUCUUUAUAAUGUUUUUAUUGUUUAGUUUUGAAUUGAACUUGUUUGAUGAUCUAUAGGUUUGCAUUUGAUAUCUUUCUAUCUAAUUCAUUUAGCUUGAAUAAUAUGAUACAAUUUGAAUGUAAAAGUCAAAUUGGAGGUGUAGAUCAGUUUAAGGAUAUAGAUUCUGGCAUGGAGAUUUGGUUUGAUUAGUUAUUGGGUUAUGGCUUGUAACUAGUGAUUAUGGCUAAUGAAAGAAAAAGACUGUUCUUUUUGUUGCACUUGUUGCAUAAAGAUUUGAUCCUUUGCUAAUCUCAGUGGUACUUUUCAUCAAAUGUUAAUUUGUGAAUUUGAUUCUUUAUUAAGUACUUACAUUCAACCAUGCCCUUUGUAUGCUUUAUUUAGGUUAUCUGCAAUUCAUUUUGUUAUCAAUGCUGAAGCACAUCACUAUAUCUAAUUGCAGAACACAAAAAACUACUUACCACCAAGAAGGUCAUUUCAUUCUCAAUAUUUUUGCUUUUAGCUUUUAGGAAAAACCACUGCUGGAUGCUGAUGAAUGCUUCUUUGUUGGGUUAAAGUUGUAAGAGUAAUGUGGGAAGGAGUGUAGACUGUUGACUUUUUUUUGAGCUUUAAGGCCUCGGAUUGAUACUUUAGAGGUUGAUUAUGUAAACGAAGUCUUUUUUAGCUGUGGAAUUAGACAUGUUUGCCUUUUGGCAUACGCUUUAUUCUCAACCGGGCGUUUGAUAAUUUCUUUUCUCAUGCAGGUGAUUGUCCCUAGUCAGAUAACUCUUGUCGUGUUCCUAUAUCGCAUCUGGUAAACUUAUCCUACUAAAAUGCUGGGAGAUAACAACGGUAACUCUUCCAUACCUGUUUUCCUUGACGAGGGUCGUUUUCAGUACCCUGCUAGUGCAUCAAAUCAACUACAGCUUUUUGGAAACAGUGAGUUCCCUUCUUUUUUCUUUUUCAUUAUUUAUUUCCCUGAUUAGCAAGCUAUGACACUUUGAUAUGUUGUACUUGCUUCCGUGCAUGAUAAACAAGAACGAGCAUGUGUUUUGUUAGUUUAAUUAUUGCUUUCUUGAUUUUGCUUGCCUCUUAGAGUUAAUAUUGGUAUAUUCCUAAUCGUUUAGUGCAGAGUGCCUAACUAAUUACUUGUGAUUGGUUUAGUGGUAAAAUUAGUCAUUUGUACUUUGUAGCUAGCUUGGCACAUAGUCUGUACUGCAUUAGCUUAUAAAUGGAAAAUGUGAAUACGUUAGAUAUUUGUUUGAGUUUCCUAUCCAAAAAGUAAAAAUAUAGAAUGUAUGGUCAAUAGAUUUUAGGAUCCAAACCUGGAAAAAAUAAAAAUUAUAUCUAUUAAUGUUUGGAUGGAUUGAGUUACUUUCAGUAAUUCCGUCGAGAGCUGGAAGACACCCAGACCACUAUCAUUUAGAUGUACCAAGGAAUUGUUUUUGUUAUAUGGUCAUAUAGAUUCUGAGAAUAGAUUGCCAUUAUGUUUUUGGAGGUGAAUAAAUAAUAGCCUUUGUUUUUGAUUGUCUGCCUUCACUACUCUCCGCAUGAUGUUUAAUGUGUAUGUUUUGUCCAAAUUAUGCAACAGUGUCGUAUGGAUUCACUGGUGAUCCAGUAAAUCAUUUUGGAAAGGAACAAACGGCUCCUAUUUUGCGGCCUAAUAAACGAAGCAGAGAAGCAGAAGUAAUUGCAAGUCAGCAGAAACUUCAGAUUUCUUUGAACAACAAUAUUUAUCAUGAUGAAAUGGAUAGAACAGCUCGGAUUCCUUGCCAAAAUCCUGUAUCAACUGGUUUGAGGCUAUCAUAUGAUGAUGAGGAACACAACUCUUCUGUCACUUCAGCAAGUGGAAGUAUGACAGCAGCAUCAUCAAUUAUCUGGUCAGCCAAUGAUAACAUCAGAGCUGAACUGGAUCGGCAGAGAGAAGAGUUUGAUCAAUACAUUAAAACUCAGGAAGAGUUUUUUACCAAGGGAAUAAGAGACAUGAAGAAGAGACAUAUGGCUUCCUUUUUAAGUGCAAUCGAAAAAGGUGUUGGUAAGAAGUUACACGAGAAAGACCUCGAACUGGAAAACAUAAAUCGCAAGAACAAGGAACUGGCUGAAAGAAUGAAACAAGUCGCGGCAGACGCUCAGCAAUGGUGCUAUAGGGCCAAAUAUAACGAGUCAGUCGUCAACAUAUUGAAAGCUAAUCUUCAACAAGCACUGCAGGGCGCUGCCGACCAAGGGAAAGAAGGGUUUGGCGACAGUGAAAACGACGACGCUGCCUCUUGCAUAGAUCCAAACAACCACCUCAACAUGCCGAGUGGUUCCGGGAAGCUUAGCGCCGCAGUAAGAGGGAACAUGAUUUGCAGAACGUGCAAAAAGAAGGAGGUUUCGGUUUUGUUGAUGCCUUGUAGACACCUGUGUCUUUGUAUAGAUUGUGAAGGAUUAGUCAGUGUUUGUCCUGUAUGUCAAAUGUUUACAACUGGUAGUGUUCAGGUAUACUUGUCAUGAAAUUAUGAAAUGAAAUGCUUACCAAAAUUGGGAAAAAGAUAUAUUACUAAACUGAUAUACCCCUCAAGUUUGUGUUCUUGUCAUUACAAUCUUUUGAAUGUGUGUUAUAGUAUUGUUCUUCAAUCGGUCCAAGAUUAUGUUAUACAUUUAAUAAGAAAAAACCCAAAAAUAUGUAGUGAUGUCCACUAUUUUAUUAGUAUCACCUUGAAUUUAUUCGAUACCACUUUGAAUCUUUUAUCACACUCUUCUGUGUAACAUAUUUUUGUGUGAUUUCUAUAUCUUUACUCGAACAUUAAAGGUAUA